AUGGCCGAGCCAGCUCUUAAGAAGCCCAAGGUCAGCAGCUUGCUGUCUUUGUUCGAGGCACAGAAAGACAAAGAAGUGCCGGCGUUCAAAGAGGAAGUGUGGCAAGACUCAGAGCCGGAGGUGGCAGAAGAGCCAGAGCCCCAGGCUGAAAGCGAAGCCGAGGCUCCAGCCGAACCGAAGGCCAAGGCGAAAGCCAAGGCAAAAGCGAAGGCGAAAGCCGAGGCGAAAGCCAAAGCGAAAGCCGAGGCGAAAGCCAAGGCGAAAGCCGAGGCGAAAGCUAAAGCGAAAGCCAAGGCUCAGGGAAAGGCUAAGGCCAAGGCCGAGAAGGAAGCGAAGGCGAAGAGCAAAGGGAAGCCUGAGGCCACUGCCGAGAGUGCAAAGUUCGACGAGGAGCCUGAGGUCAAAGGCCCAGAGUCAGACGAGAAGCCGGAGAGCUCAGAGAAGCCAGAGGAGCCAGGGCAGUCCAAGGUUUCAGCUGCCGAGAAGCUUCGCCAGCGGGCCGGUGCUCUGGUCGCUGACUUGCAGGAGUCCGAGGCAGCUACCAGUGCAGCAACCGAGGAGCUGCGGGACAAAAGGAAAACGAGGCACUUUGAGAAGCACCUGCACGAGUUGCCGGCUGCUGUGCAAGAGCUGUGGCACAGCAAAAAGGUUUCGAGACAAGACAAGACCAAGCUGGUCAACAGCACCGUAGCGGCAGGCGAGAAAGGCUGGCAGCUGGUGCACCAGAACCCGGUCUUCGAGUCGAUGGCCAAGGUGUACUCUUCUGUGUUCGGCAAGAGCAAGGAGAAGACGUAUCCUCGUGCCAUAAUGGUGGGGAAGUGUGGAGGCGAAGCCGGUUUCAAGCAAGGCUUGGCAGACGGGGACAUCGUGCAAGUGGAGGAAGACGGAAAGGUCUUCUACAAAUAUUGCUCGAUGGAAAUCCAAAGGAAGACUGGAGUCGAGCAGACUCAGAACUUGAAGAAGCAAGUGGAAAGCAGCGAGGAAGCUGAGAAGCAGUUUCAGUGCUACGUGGACGGCUUCCAGCCGGAGUUCUGCGAGCUCAAAAACUGUCCCUCUACCUUCCAGGCAGUGCAGCCGCCAAAGACUUUGGCCAUCUGCGAUGGCGUGCUGGAGACCGACCCAGCUGUGCCCGUUCCAGUGGAUCCCAAGCAGCUUAGCAAGAUCGACGAUGCUUUGUCGUGGAUCAGCCAGGCAAAAGCUGCCACCUUCAAGCUGAAGGUUGCAAAGAACAGCUCCACCUUCCAGCACCUGAAGGGCCAGCUGGACAGCAAGUGGGAGAGUCUGCUACCACUGCAGCUGCAGCUGGAGCAGAUCAAGCUCACGGGCAAAGUUGCUCACACGAGUUUCAAAAGCCUCAUGGUGAACGUGGGGAAUAGUUUGCUGGAAGUGCAAGACUCAAAGAGCGACCGGGGCAAGUGGAUGCCCGAGAAGAGAAGGUGCCCUUCUCCGUGGACGGCUGAGUGGGCAGUGGUGGACAGCAUGCCGCCCUCCUCAGAGAGCUCGGAGAGCCAAGACCGCGAGAAGCGGGCGGAGCCUCUGCCGGUCCUGACGGAGGAGCAGCGGCAGGAAAUGAAUGAAAAGCUCCAGGAAAAGCUGGAGGCUGCAAAGAAGGAGCUCCGAGCUGAAAAGGAUCUGGAGGAGGACGAGCCGAAAGAGGCUGAGAAAGAAAAGGAAAAGGAUCGUGACCGUGACAG